CAAAGGCCAAGCGAGAGCUACAAGGGAACUCAGCGUCGGAUCUGUAUAUAAUCACCAUGGCGUCCGUACGAAUGGAAACAGCAGCCCAAGCUCGGUGUUACUCAUCUACGGUCUGAUCAACACUUUCAUCUUCCAAUAUCAGUCACGGCCGAUACAUCAUGGGCAGGUUCAACUUCAGCAAGAGCGAUUCAUCGUCCACCGAAAGCGAGCGGCACCCAUCAGCAGUCGAAGCUAUGGAGAAUGCUUCCAGGAGGAAGAGUCUGGAUGAUCAUGCCGUCACCGGUGCUGGCGAGAUCACAACUAGGCAGUCCAUCAUUCCUGUAUCUCUCGUCACAAUCCUCUUCUUCAUGUGGGGCUUCGCCUACGGCCUCCUCGACGUCUUGAACAAGCACUUCCAGGAGACUCUCCAUGUCACUGCUGCGCAAUCAUCUGGCCUUCAAGCUGCAUACUUUGGAGCCUACUUCAUCGGUCCUCUUACGUACAGUGGUUGGAUCGUCCGCAAGUUCGGAUACCGGUGGACUUUCAUAACCGGACUCUGCAUCUACGGCGUAGGAGCUCUGCUCUUCUGGCCCAGCGGUGUCAAGAGGUCGUUUGGUGGCUUCUGCGGUGCCAUGUUCGUUGUUGGUUCGGGUCUUAGCACCCUUGAGACAUCUGCCAAUCCUUUCAUCGCUACUUGUGGUCCUCCUAGAUGGAUGGAACUCCGUCUCAACUUGGCUCAAGCUUUCCAGGCUAUCGGCAGUGUCGUCGCACCCGUCCUCGCAUCCUUCGUUCUCUUCAAGAAUGUCAACAACAACUCUCUGCAGAGCGUGCAGUGGGUGUAUCUCGGCAUCGCCUGCUUCGUAUUCGCUUUAGCCGUCGUCUUCUUCUUUGCUCCCAUCCCCGAAAUCACAGAUGCCGACGUCGCUGCGCAGUCGGAAAAGACCGAGUCUUCCACCGGCUACGUCGACAAGCCCUUUCGCCACCAGUACACGCUCUUCUGGGGCGUGGCCGCCCAGUUCUGCUACGUCGGUGCCCAAGUCGCAGUCGCGGGCUUCUUCAUCCACUACGUGACCGAAGUCAAGCCCAGCCUCACCACGGCCGACGGAUCCAACCUGCUCGCCGUCGCGCAGGCGUUGUUCGCCGUGGGCCGCUUCGUCGCCAGUCUGAUGAUGAAGUGGGUCAAGCCGCGCUUCAUCCUGCUCGGGUUCCUGACCGGGUGUGUCAUCUUCAUCACCGCGGCGAUUCCCACCACGGGCGAUGCCGCCAUCGCGAUGCUGUGCAUGGUGUUGUUCUUCGAGUCGUGCAUCUUCCCGACCAUCUUCACUCUCUCCCUUCGCGGCCUCGGACGCCACACUAAGCGCGGUGCGUCGCUGCUUGUUGCGUCCGUGUCGGGCGGUGCCGUAUUCCCGCCCAUGCUCGGUGCGGUGGUGGAUGCGAGGAACACGAGGGUUGCGAUGGCGGUUCCGCUUGGAGGGUUUCUGAUUGCGUACUCGUUCCCUGUCUACCUUAAUCUUUUCAAGGCGAAGGAGCUGGAUGCUUUCAACCAGAGCAAGGUCGGUGUUGCGGCUGGGCCGACUGACAAGGCUGUUGAGGCUGAGUUGUUUGAGGAGAAGAGUGGAGGUGUUGGUCGUGUUGAGAAGGUCUAAGAUCACCUGGCGGUGAGAAUGCCUUCCCUGACCCGGCCUUUGCUGAUGUGUUCAUGAUAGACGAUUGAUAUAGCUAUAGACUAUGAUAUAUGAUAACGACGUAUGUGCUCUCGAC